UAUCACUACUGACACAUCUGUGACCCAUCAGGAAGCCUACCUACUUUAUGGUGGUGUUUCGAAAUGUGCUGAAUAUUUUUACUUCUUUUAUCACUCUGUUGUGUGUGUGUCGAAGUGUAAUAUAUUCACAGCAUUAAUUCUGAACUUUUAAACGUUUAUUUGAAUAUGAAUGAUUAGUUUCAUUUAUAGCCCCCUCCCUUUCCAGUCACGCUCGAGCUAUUUGUUACUUAAUUUGAGAGGAUAUCAUUCGUAAGGUUUCUCUUCGUCAAACUCAGUUUCAUGUAAGUAACGUGCGUAGGCAGAGUGCUGAAUAAUUUUUUUCUUUUCUUUUUUUCUGUCGUUGCGCUGGCGUGUUUCUGUCCACGUUGAUUAUCACACUGUCACCAGUUAGGACUCGCUGAUUUAAGGAUAGUUUCUGGUUGAGCCUAAUCUAAGGCGCACCAACAGAAACAGUGAAGUGACUACACAGUCGCAGCAAUGGCCUAAACCACAUUCCAUGCGGGUGCCCAAAUUGGAAAGUUCAUUAAAGUGAACGGCGCCUUCUUUAGUUUCUGUAGCCAACAAAAACUGUUGGCAAUCCUGUGAAUCUCGGCUUUGAAGAAGCUUAACGUCAUUACUAACGAAUGAACUGCAUCAGAUGAGAAGAGAUUGUGUUUGUGCUAUGGCUCGACCGAAGUGUAGAAAUCAGUGUCGUAACAAUGUCAACCUUCGGUUAUUAUCAGGCAAGACCCUUAUACACAGAGAUGUGACAAUACUGUGCAUCGUAACGUUUGUUGUCAUAUCAACAGGUGUUUUUAGGCCAGUGAAAGCUGCUCUUCCUUCAGGUUCUGCGGACCUUCUUCAGAGUGUUGGUAUCAGUGGUGAACAGAUAGGUAUCGGUACAACACAAGGAAUCUGUGAAAACAGAGCCAUUCGAAUAGAAAAUGGUCAACCAGUUUACGGGGCGCCUGAUCGUGCCUACACUAUUACAGAAAAUGCUGUUCUCACCGCUUCAACCUCACACAUAUUCCAAGGGGGCGUGCCUAUAGAUUUUUCUGUUUUGACAACGUUUAGGCCAGAGCAAGGUUCAGAAGGAUAUCUUUUUUCUGUCUACGAUAGCGAAGGACAAGAACAACUUGGUCUUAAAGUAGGAGAGAAUGUUACAUUUACCUGCCGACGAAGUCUUGAAGCAUCAGAUCUGGCUAAAGCCAAUUUUGAUAUAAGAAUCAAUGACGGCAAAUGGCAUCGUUUAUCCUUAAGUGUGAAAGGGGAUUCUGUGACUGUGUUGAAUGGAUGUGGUCCAAAUCAACAAACCGAAACUGUACAGCUUCAUCGUAGUGCAGAUGCUUAUAUUGACACAUCAGGAAUCACUUUGGUUGGACAGGAGCUGCAUAAUGGAGGAUUUUUUAGGGGGGAUAUUCAACAACUUCAAGUCAUUCCUACUCCUCAAGCUGCAUAUGAACACUGUGUGGAUUAUAUGCCUGAUUGUGACACUCCUUUUCCAUAUGCUCAACCUCCCGAGGCAGAGGUGUAUCCUGUAUAUCCAUACCCAGUGGAUGAAGAACUUCCUCCAGUAAGCCCAGAGGAAAAUGAUGGGGAGGAGGAUAUUCCUUAUCCUGAUGCUUCUUAUGAUAUAACAAAUUUCACUGUUAUGGUAGGUAUAUUCAGCUGA